ACAGUACGUCACUAAUAAACACCUCAUUAAUUUUCCGGUAUACAUAUUUUUUAAGUCAGUCCAGUUAAAGUUGGUGAAGGUUUUGUAAUUUCAAAAGUGGUUUGGUAUAUUUAGUUAUAAACAAAUGUGAGGUAGUGUUUUAACAAAUAAGUGCAGGAUUUGAUUCACUUCAUUAAGAACUGUUUCCCAAGCAUCAUAUAAAACGCUUUGAAACCUAACCUCAGACCACGAUGUGUACAUUUAAAGCUUAAUAACCUGGAAACUCAAACCUUAUUUGCGCUUUGAUAUACAACAACAACAUGGAAGAAGAAAUAAACGACGAGAGAGACACAAGCGACGCGGAUCUCCCCAUUGCCACUCAGAGAAAUGUUACGAAUCGACAAUUAAAUAGAAAAGCUUUCCUCAUCUAUCCAACUCUGCCAAAGGGGAGAAAUAUUGACCGUGAAAUCAAAUACAUUCAAAAGAAAUUCUCUGCUAUAAAAAUUGAUUUGAAAUGUCAUAAAAUGGGGAUUUCCAAAUCUAAAAAGAGGCGUCUACGCAGAAAACGUCAAGAACAUACUAGACUUAAUAAGGGUACACCCGAUAUGAAUAAAGUUGCACCAAACCCUGUUAUCGUAGGAAAUGCAGAAAGCAAAAAUGAUGGCAUUAAGAAUAAGCUCGAUGUAAAGAUUAAUAUUUUAGCUCCAGAAACCAGGGAAGAAAACAAAAAUGUAUGUAAUGUAUAUCCUAACAAUUCAAAACAGGGUUCAGACAGAGUUUCAAAAAGUCCUCUAACAUUAGGAAAUUUUGAUUGUAUUAAGGCCAAUCUCGAUGUACUAAAAGAUAAUAAGUUAACUAGUGAAAUCAUUGCAAAAACCAGUAAAACAAAUGAAAAUAAUAUUUUAUCUUCUAAUGAAUCGAAGCAUGAAAAAGAUAUUAGAUUAACUUCACGAAAGCGGAAGAAAGAUGAGCACUUCUCGAAAGGGGCAAACCUAUUUCCUACUCAGAAUUCUAAGCCUGCAAAAGAAAAUGAAAUGUCGGUACAAAGUAAAACAGAAUCUGUGAAUUUGUCAUCUGAAGAUGGAAACUUGAAUUGCGAAUUAUCUACACUAAAGUUAGUUGAAAGCAAAUUUUUUACGAAAACUGCCAACAUAUUUGCUUCUAGUAGCUUUAAAUCCACAAAUCAUAAUGAAUCUAUAGAAAAGCGAAAUAAAACUAAACACUCGAAAAGUAAAAGUGAAACAUCCCCUAAAAAAUAUAAACCAGUUAAGAUAGCCACAAAAACCGAUAUAGAUUCCAAGUAUUUCUUCCAACCUAUCAAGGUUGCUAAAUUAUCUGCAGAUCACAAUAUGGACACUAAGUUGGCGUCUCAAAGUAAAAGCAAAUUAGCUUCUAAUAACUCCCCUAAAAAAUAUAAACCAGCUAGGUUAGCCCCAAUAAUUGAUUUAGACCCCAAAUAUUUGUUCCUACCUAGCAAGGUUGGUAAAAUAUCUUAUUAUCACAAUAUGGAUACUAAGCUGGCGUCUCAAAGUAAAAGCCAAUUGGCUUCUAAUAAUUCUACAACUACAAUAGAUAAUGGAUUAUAUGCACAAAAGCCGCAGAGAACUAAGCGUUUUACGAAACGUAGAGAAAAAAUAUCUCCUAAAAGGAUUGGAGGAGUUCCGGUUGAGUUUGUUCUUGAUAAACUUAGAAGUCGUGAAUUUUUCUAUUAUUCAUUCGAAGUAACAGGCAAUUUGAACUCACUACGAACAAAUGAUAUUGCUUUCUUGUUGAAUAUUCAAAAUUCAUUGCCAACACAAGAUUGGUUUUUUAUAAAACGAAAAGAAAUAAGCAAAGGAACAAGUGAGAUUCAAUUUGUCUUUGAUCGAGCUACCUUAACAUCUCUAGAAAAAAUGCAGUUUAAAGCUUCAGUGCUUAGAUCAACAGUUACUUUCGUAGAAUUUGUAUAUAAGAAAAGAUUUCUGGACAUUAUAAAUGAACCAUUUAAUUGGUUGGGCGAAUGGAGCUGUUUCAGGACAGUACUGAAUAAAGAAAAGAUAAACAAGUUAUAAACAUAGCUUAAUGAACUAGUCAGCCGGCACGGACCCCCAAUUUUGUCUGGCCAAGAAUUCUGCCGCUACAACAACUACUAAAACGAAUUUAAUGCACCGAAGCAAAAAACUUGGAAAAUAAUCUACCUCAUGCUGCCGAUGUUCAAUCAGCUAAACAACUCACCUCAGUGCAUCUUCAGAGAAAGAGUAAACUCUACAAGAGUUUAUUCGUAGAAAGGAAUAAGCUACAAAUUCUUAGAAUUGAAAAAAUUAAUGUUACAUUUGCAAUUAUAUAUUAUUAUUCAUUAUACUCACCCUAUGCAAACAA